UGCGGAAGCGCUCCUAUUGAUACACGCUUUGAACCGCCGCUAAGGAAACAUCUAGAAGAGUGAGAGGGAAAAAAAUUAAACCGCGUCGCAAAACGCUCAGCAGAGGCCGCCAUCGGACCGGAAGUGCGCGACUCAGCAUCCCCAAAAGAAGAGGCAACAUCUCGCCGCUCUUUCGUCAGACUCGCAGCGAGCGGCGCGGAGGCAACAUGGCUCUCAGCGGACUUCUCAGCCGCCUCAUCCGAACGCGGGCGCUCGGCGGCGGGCAGCCCAGCCGAGCUCAGUCGGUGGCGGUGCUGGGGGCUCCUUUCUCGCGGGGCCAGAAAAGGAGAGGAGUGGAACACGGACCCAAAGUCAUCCGGGAGGCGGGGCUCAUCGAGAGGCUGUCCGGGUUAGAUUACGCCGUGCACGAUUUUGGCGACCUGACUUUCCAACACCUGGAGACGGACGAGCCCUACAUGAAUGUCAAGUUCCCUCGCACGGUGGGCGCCGCCAACAAGAAGCUGUCGGGCGCCGUGAGCCGAGCGGUGGGCACGGGCCACACCCUCGUCAUGCUGGGAGGCGACCACAGCCUCGGUGUCGGCUCUGUGGGAGGCCACGCCCAGCAGUGCCCUGACCUGUGUGUAAUAUGGAUCGACGCCCACGCCGACAUUAAUACGCCCGUGACGUCGCCAUCGGGGAACUUACACGGACAGCCGGUGGCCUUCAUGCUCAAAGAGCUGCGAGACAAGGUGCCUGAUCUACCUGGAUUCUCCUGGCUGAAGCCAUUCCUCUCCUGCAGGGACCUGGUCUACAUCGGACUGCGGGAUGUUGACCCUGGAGAGUACCACAUUAUGAAGAAUUUGGGGAUCCAAUACUUCACCAUGAGGGACAUUGACAGACUUGGCAUCCAGAGGGUCACGGAAGUUGCUCUGGACCACGUCCUGGCAAGAAAACAAAGACCAAUUCACCUGAGCUUCGACAUCGAUGCGUUCGACCCGUCUCUCGCUCCCGCCACAGGAACGCGGGUGAACGGAGGACUAACCUACAGGGAGGGCAUCUACAUCGCAGAGGAAAUUCACAACACAGGUCUGCUGUCUGUCAUGGAUCUGGUGGAAGUGAACCCCGUCCUGGUGUCCAGCCGGGAAGCCGUGGAGGCCACCGCCUCCCUGGCGGUGGAUGUCAUCGCGUCGUCUCUGGGACAGACGAGAGAAGGCGCUCACGUGGUCAUGGACGAGAGCCCCUCGGCGAAGGAGGACGACACAGAGCAGCUCUGCCUCUGAGGACCCUCGAAAUCCGCCGAGACACAAACAUUCCAACGUGUUGCGUUCAAGACUGCUAAAAGUCCGAGGAGCAGAGCAUCUCUUGCUUUUAUUUUGGUGUACUCUCUCCAUUGUAUUUAACCGUGAAAAGUAUUUGACUUGAAAGGUUUGCCGUGAAAAGCUUAACCCAAUUUAGACAGAAAUUGGAGCACAACCUACUAAUUUAUUUUAUAUUUAUUAUCAUGAAUUGUUUUACAAGAGAAUGAGCUCGUCUCAAAAGGUGUUGUGUUUUUUUUAGUCAAAACUAGCAGUCGUACGUUUGCACUUUUGGACCAGCUGUGGUUACUGUAUUUGUUUGGCAUGUUCAUAAUAUCUGUGACUAUGAAAGAAAAUGCUACUGUACAGCCUUGACGAUUCAAAGGCUAAGCUACGGGUGGGGAACCUGAUGUGGCCACUGAACUAAGUCAAGCACCUAACAUUUGUUUUAGUGUUCAAACGUAGACCUUCUGGUCUUCCACGUGCUACAAUUGUGUCCAGGUGUCAUUUUUGACGUGUCUUUAAUAGAGGAGUUUGUUCUCUGAGAGGUUCCGCAAAGUUCAAUCUAAGAACCACUGCUUUUUAUAUGCAUACAGUACAGGCCAAAAGUUUGGGGACACCUUCUCAUUCAAUGGGUUUUCUUUGUUUUCAUGACUAUUUACAUUGUAGAUUGUCACUGAAGGCAUCAAAACUGAACACAUGUGGAGCUAUGUACUUAACAAAGAAGGUGAAAUAACUGAAAACAUGUUUUAUAUACUAGUUUCUUCAAAAUAGCCACCCUUUGCUCUGAUUACUUUUUCGCACACUCGUAGCAUUGUCUCCAUGAGCUUCAAGAGGUAGUCGCCUGAUAUGGUUUUCACUUCACCGGUGUGCUUGAAGCUCACCAAGAGUGUGCAAAGCAGUAAUCAAAGCAAAGGGUGGCUAUUUUGAAGAAACUACAAUAUAAAACAUGUUUUCAGUUAUUUGACCUUAACUCCACGUGUUCAUUCAUAGUUUUGAUGCCUUCAGUGACAAUCUAAAUAGUCACAUUUAAUGAGAAUGUGUCCAAACUUUUGGCCUGUACUGUAUAUGAGGUGUAGUUUUGCAAAUUUUAGCGAAAAUCCGACAAAGAUGAAACCAUCUCUAAUCCAUUUUCAGUAGCAGGUGAGGUGUUUCUGUUGGACAUUGAUCAACAAGAGGCGGCGGGUACUCUGAGGAAACUUUAUUAUUUCUGCAAACAUCAUUGAUGAUUAUCGGAUUGAUUAAAGGAAUGGCUCAUUCAACGUAA